AAUCGGCAAUAGCCGGCGUAUCACCGUUCCACCCACUCCGUCAUCCGGGUACCAGCACCCCCACCCCACACUUAUCCCCAUCGACUCCGAGUCGCAUCCCCAAAUCCUUGUUUGCUUAAGUAGAAGGAAUGAGGGGGAAACUGAUCGCUCAUUUCCUCUAGAUUCUAGAGAUAGUCGGGACCUGACAUUAUUAUACAUACUGUACCUUAUGGACGCAUUCCCACAAGAACUUAUCCAGGCCAUCAUCGACGAACUUGCUGAUGACCGAGAGGCACUCAAAGCAUGCUCUCUCGUGUCUCAGUCAUUCUUCCCCCACUCUCAGAAACUUCUAUUUCUCUCCGUAGUACUCGACUCUCGAGAGGAUUCUAGUCGGGUACACAAUCCAUCGGUCGAUUUCUUGAAAUUGCUCGCGAGGUCGAAACGUGUCGCGCCCCUCGUCAAGAACUUCACCAUCUAUAACUUUACCUGGGGCAAGAACAGCUGGUUUACGCAGGAUCAGGACGUCGUCCCACGGAUACUCGGCUCCCUAAUCAACCUGCGAAAGAUGACCAUCUCAGGGCGACACUACGAUCGGCGGUGGGACGGCUCAAGCGACAUCCGUCCUUCGUUGUGUCAAAGCUUCUCCCUACCGCACCUCAAAUCUUUUUCCUUAAACUAUACAUCUUUCCUAAAACCCUCCGACUUCCUUCAGCUGUUUAGCAACAGCCGUGAUCUGAAGGAGUUGCGACUGAUGAAUGUCUACAUCAGCGACCAGCUCAGCCUUCAGGCACAUCCGGAUCGCGAACACAAUCCUCCCAUCGACAAUGAACGGCUUUCUCAAAGACCAAAGCUUCAAUAUCUACGCAUACAGAACGUGCCUGUCGUUCUCAUCGAUACACUCACCCACCCCCACUCUCCGCUGGACCUCAGUUCCCUCCGAAGGCUCCAAGUCUGGUCCGAUCAUGGAGACCAGAGCGACCAUUUCCAGCGCCUUCUCGAAGCUGCCGGAGAUGCACUAGAAGAAGUCGUAUUCCACGGUUUCUCGUCAUCAACGAACGGUUUGGACAUCUCCCACGUCCCGAACAUCACAUGUUGCUUUUCCAACUUCUUUUCCGACCGUGUAGCCAACCACACUGUGCUGUCUGGAUUGACCGAGUUGUUUUUCCAGCGAUACUCACGCGACACGUCCCGCAUGGAGACUGUCACUUUUAAUUUGCGAUGUCAUCCUAAAGCCAUCAUAGAUUGUCCUCGGGAUGAGUGGAGGCGACUAGAAGAGGCGAUGAUGGUAGUGAAGAGAAAGGUUAGGUUUGAGAUACCUGUCAGGGAUAUGAAUCGGUCCAUGAGGGACCCAUUGGAGAGGGAAUGCUUGGCCGCAGUGAGAAGGGGUAUGGGUAUGUUGAGUGAUAGAGGAAUCUUGGAGGUAGAUAUGGUGCAAGGACCAUAAUGGUAGGACUCGGACUUUGUUUGGACUCCUGGACCUUCUUCGUUUUCAGUGACAUUCUUGUGACGAUAUCAGAUAGCAAUAUAUCACCUGUUAAUUAUAAGUUGCGGACUGACUGGUGUAGCGACAUAAUGAUCAGUACGCCUUGGUUUACGACUGG